UACUUCUAAUUUUACGCCUUUAACUCAAGAUAUGAACGUUCAAUCUGAUUUUGUGAAAGAAUUAUCUUUCCAUACUAGAUAUAAUGACUUUGAUGUUUAUGAAUUUAAUAACAAUGAAACUGGCCAAAUUUUUGUUACUUGGAAUACUACAAAUAUACCUUGGAAUAUUACAAAUAGGAUUAUUCUUUCAAACGGUGUUUCUGGUUCCACUACCUCUUUUGUUUCUCAAUAUCUUCGAGAAGUUGGCCAG